CUCUGAAAGAGGAGCGACCAAUGACUGUAUAUGAAGGGAGCGACAGAGAGAGGAAAAUUGGAGCAACGACAAAAGUGAAAGAGAGAGCGAGAGCGAGAGAGAGAGACAGACUAGUGAUCCCCUGUCCGAAUCCCAUUUCCAAUAUAUAGUUUUACCUACCUGAUCGAGUCGCGUGUGUACGGGCACCAUGCGCGCUUUUCAAGGGCGAUAAAACUAUAUAUCAUUUUCACCUCUUUUGGUAUGUGAAGAAUGUACAGUAUUCGGAUGUUCUUUAGAAUAACAGUAUUUACAGUAAAUAGCUUGUUUUGUUUUUCAACUCAACAAGCUACACAGAGUAGUCAGCUGUAGUUUUUGCAGCGGGUUGUAGGCGAAGUGCGUUCUGGACUGUUGAAUACCGUGGAUCAGCGGGCGGGCACGCAACUCGGGUUGUUUAUAACGUUUGACAUUCCCACCGUAGGCUCCGAGGAAAGUAGUAUAGGUAGGAAACGGGGAAACCCGGGCAAGGCGGGGCCGAACCGGAGACAGCCAAAGGGAUUAUUGAAGAACUCACGUUGCCUUGAAGCUUCGCCCUGUAGCCGAUCCACUCGCAGAGUCGCAUCGUUUUGGGGUAACAAUAAUUUUCCACCCAUUGGAAUUUGGGGAAUCUUUAUUCCCAACUACUUGGUGAUUAGUCUACGCUUCAAGUAGCCUAGGCUACGGCGAACAUAACUAGUUUGUAUUUACACCUAUUUAACGUCGGUUGUGGUUAUUUGCUUUGGAAUAUACGUUCCAGGACGGAUUUGGGGGGAAUUAUUUCCCCAGACCCGUUGGACCAUGGCGGACGACGAUGUGCUGUUUGAAGAUGUCUACGAGCUGUGUGAGGUCAUUGGAAAGGGUCCAUUCAGUGUGGUACGAAGAUGUAUCAACAGAGACGCAGGACAGCAGUUUGCUGUGAAGAUCGUAGACGUGGCCCAGUUUACCUCCAGCCCUGGUCUCAGCACAGAGGAUCUGAAGAGAGAGGCCAGUAUCUGCCACAUGCUGAAGCACCCUCACAUCGUAGAGCUAGUGGAGACAUACAGCUCAGAUGGCAUGCUCUACAUGGUCUUCGAGUUUAUGGAUGGUGCAGACUUGUGUUUUGAGAUUGUGAAGAGGGCAGACGCUGGCUUCGUCUACAGUGAGGCGGUGGCCAGUCACUACAUGAGACAGAUCUUAGAGGCACUGCGAUAUUGUCAUGACAACAACGUCAUCCAUCGAGACGUGAAGCCCCAUUGUGUCCUCCUGGCGUCUAAAGAGAACAGUGCUCCAGUGAAGCUGGGAGGGUUUGGCGUGGCCAUCCAACUGGGAGAGUCAGGACUGGUGGCUGGAGGUCGUGUAGGCACGCCCCAUUUCAUGGCCCCAGAGGUGGUGAAGAGGGAACCGUAUGGGAAGCCUGUAGAUGUGUGGGGCUGUGGAGUCAUCCUGUUCAUCCUGCUAUCUGGCUGCCUGCCAUUCUACGGUACUAAGGAACGCCUGUUCGAAGCCAUCUGCAGGGGAAAAUACAAGGUACUGAACCCCAGGCAUUGGGGACAUAUCUCAGAGAGUGCUAAGGACCUGGUGAGACGCAUGCUCAUGCUAGAUCCUGCAGAGAGAAUCACUGUCUACGAGGCACUCAACCACCCCUGGCUCAAGGAGAGAGACCGUUAUGCCUAUAAGAUCCACCUGCUAGAGACGGUGGAACAGCUGAGGAAGUUCAACGCCAGGAGAAAGCUCAAGGGAGCCGUACUGGCAGCAGUCUCCAGUCACAAGUUUAACUCCUUUUAUGGAGACCCACCAGAGGAGAUGCCUGACUUCCCUGAAGACCCCACAUCCUCAGGACUACUAGUAGCAGAACGGGCUGUGUCUCAGGUGCUGGACAGCCUGGAGGAGAUCCAUGCGUUGACAGACUGCAGUGAGAAAGAUAUAGACUUCCUACACAGUGUCUUUCAAGAUGAGCAUCUACACACACUACUAGACCUUUACGACAAAAUCAACACAAAGUCAUCUCCCCAGAUCAGAAACCCCCCCAGCAAUACUGUACAGAGGGCCAAGGAGGUACUGGAAGAGAUCUCUUGUUACCCAGACAACCACGACGCCAAGGAGCUCAGACGGAUACUGACCCAGCCGCACUUUAUGGCCUUGCUCCAGACCCAUGACGUGGUGGCCCAUGAGGUGUACAGUGAUGAGGCUUUGAGGGUGACCCCCCCGCCCACCUCACCCUACCUGAACGGAGAAUCUCCCGAGAACACCAACGGAGACAUGGACCUGGAGAACGUGACAAGAGUACGCCUGGUUCAGUUCCAGAAGAACACUGACGAACCUAUGGGAAUCACGCUGAAGAUGAACAAUCUGAACCACUGUAUCGUAGCCAGGAUAAUGCAUGGAGGAAUGAUCCACAGACAAGGAACGCUGCAUGUAGGAGAUGAGAUCAGAGAGAUCAACAGCAUCAGUGUAGCCAACCAGACAGUAGAGCAACUACAGAGGAUGCUGAAAGAGAUGCGAGGCAGCAUCACCUUUAAGAUAGUGCCAAGCUACCGGACACAAGGACCUUCCUGUGAGAGAGAGUCCCCCUCCAACUCCAGGCAAUCCCCUGCCAAUGGCACUGGCCACUCCAGUGUUAACAGUUUUAUCUUGGAUCUGCCGUCUACCGUCCAACCCAAGAGUCGACAGAUGGUCGUACCCAGACCUCCAAUCAAGGAUAAAAUGUCUGUCAAGAUCUAUGUGAGGGCCCAGUUUGAGUAUGACCCCUCCAGAGAUGACCUCAUACCCUGCAAGGAGGCUGGGAUUGCCUUCCGGGUUGGUGACAUCGUCCAGAUCAUCAGUAAAGAUGACCACAACUGGUGGCAGGGCAAGCUGGAGAACACUAAGAACGCCACCGCAGGGCUCAUACCCUCACCAGAACUUCAGGAGUGGCGUGUGGCGUGUAUAGCCAUGGAGAAGACCAAGCAGGAGCAGCAGGCCAGCUGUACCUGGUUUGGCAAGAAAAAGAAACAGUACAAAGACAAGUACCUGGCCAAGCACAACGCAGUAUUCGACCAAUUAGAUCUUGUCACGUAUGAAGAGGUAGUGAAACUGCCUGCAUUCAAGAGGAAAACACUAGUCUUGUUAGGGGCCCAUGGAGUGGGCAGAAGACACAUCAAGAACACACUAAUCACAAAACACCCCGACAGAUUUGCCUACCCAAUCCCACACACAACCAGACUUCCUAAGAAGGACGAGGAAAAUGGGAAGAACUACUACUUUGUGUCACAUGACCAGAUGAUGCAGGACAUCAGUAACAAUGACUACCUGGAGUACGGUAGUCACGAGGACGCCAUGUACGGCACGCGGCUAGAGACCCUCCGCCAGAUCCACGAGCAGGGACUCAUCUCCAUACUGGACGUAGAGCCACAGGCCCUGAAGGUCCUGCGGACAGCGGAGUUCGCUCCUUACGUUGUUUUCAUUGCUGCACCAACCAUUACCCCUGGCAUCAAUGAGGACGAAUCAUUGCAGCAUCUUCAGAAGGAGUCAGAAAUUCUCCAGAAGACCUAUGCCCAUUACUUUGACCAGACCAUAAUCAACAACGAGAUAGAUGAGACCAUCAGACACCUAGAGGAGGCUAUAGACCUGGUCUGUACCAACGCACAGUGGAUCCCUGUGUCCUGGGUCUACUGAGGAAAAAACACAAAGCCCUCCUCUCCUCUCCUCUCCUCUGCCUUCUCCUCCUCUCCUCCUCUCCUCUCGUCCUCUCCUCUCCUCUGCUUUCUCCCCCUCCCCUCCCCUCCCCUCCCCUCUCUGUCCUACUGGACCUUUAUGGACAACACCUCUCCCCUCCCCAAUGACUUCUCUUUAGCUCCCCCUCCCCUUCUCCCCCUCCUCAGCGAUGCAUCUCUGCGAAAACUCCAUAGAGAUAGAGGACUCCUCUUUGUAGCUGUGCCAUUAUCGCAUCUGUGACAGCAUGGGCAGCACCAUUGAAGAAACAACCCAUAGGAAUCUCCACCCAGCUGACUACUUUGACUACUUUAAAAUGACCGAAGCAUGGUGGAAGCCCUUAGCUGCCCAUGCUAAUAGGACCUUUUGGUCACUUGAGGCCUCUAUUAUUCUCUAUGAAAAACUCACAUCAUUCCUUCAGGAAAAGAAAAGCACCUCAACCAAUCAGAAACCUCUGUGUACUGCACAUGACCUUCAGCCGUCAAUUGAAAUCCUCCAUCUACUGCAUUAUGACCUGCAGCAGCCGAUGAGAUUCUGCCCUUACAGACUACCUAGCCGUAGUGUUGUAUAAACAAAUAGAUAUAGUCAUGUCUGUAUUAGCUAGGAGGCAACAUUUUUGUAGAAGUUUGUUUUAAAGAGACAGUACUAUAUCUCCUCCCCUCGUAGUGCACUGCAGCCUUCUGCAUCCUGUUACCGGCUGUGGCCCCAUUACCCCAUCCUUCAUGGAUGUUGAGGUUUUUUUCUCGAUUACACCCACAGUGUCAUUGCAUUUCCGUACACCAGAAGUACAUUCAUUUCCAAUGGUACGCUGCGUUUGCCUUGCAGCAUUGUUUUUCAGAGGCAGUUGUAAUGUGUUCUGUGUGGUAAAAUACAUUGGAUAUAUUGAACAUGUGCAUGCUAGACGGUUUGACAGAAAUGGUAGCAGAAGGUGAAUGUUGAACUUUUUGUUGCACACAUAUCCAGAUGACGCUGUGUAUCAUUUUGCGCAGUGAUGCUGUCGGUGUGAUCGAUGUGUCAGCUGUCUCUGUGUUACAGCUCUUUUCCUGCAUAUUCUCUUUCUCUCUCGCUGGACAGACUGAAGAAAACCACACAAACACUCCAGCCUCCAUUUAUCUGGCUCUCAAACACCUCUGUAUUGAUCCUUUACUCCUCUCCUUUAUUAGUAGUGCUGAGAGAUUCAUUUCGGGUGAUUUUCGACAUUUUUCAACAAGAUGUAGGUUCAAUAACUUGAAUUCCAUUUAGUUCAUUUUUUUGUGUGAGCCCAAAUGCACUGUUUCUCUAGAGAGAAAUCAAAUAAUUCACAAAAUAAAUCAACUCAAGAACUAUGUGGGCCACUUGGCUGAAGGGAGUUGUAGCUUUCAUUAAGCAAAUAUUAUUUGAACAACUAGUAAAAGGAUUUUGUCAGACAGCUGUACAGCUAGCCUAGCUAAAUAGGAUGACUAAAGACAGAACAAUAUGGGGAGAACAGAGAAAACAUUAUCUGGCUGACUGCUACUGCCUGAACAGCGAUAAGAUGACUUUGAGGAAUGAAAAGUAACAACGUCAUCAAAUAAAAACCAAGUAAUAUACACAACUGAAAUAUUGUAUUACUUCAGAGUAAUUUCCUAUGUUUCUAUCGAUGUCUACUCAAUGUGGACCUGACCGAGACAGUGGAAUAUUUGGAAUGUUUUCGCAAUAAGAAUGUUCACAAUUUUUGGCUUUGGAAUUUCCAUUAAAAUAAAGAAAGAAAAGGUCAUUAUUUCAGAAUGCAUUUCAAAUCAAAUAAUAAUCAAUCAAACCAAAACCGACCUAGAAAAGCACUAAUCCCUCAGCUCUAUGUAUUAGCCUUUAUUGUGAACUUUCUCUAAGCUCACUCUAUCAUUAUUCACGUAAUGUAGUUAAGUUUCAUCUUGCUUCAUUUUGACUGUACAUGUUAUCACCCUAGCCACCCCCACCCCUCUCCCCUGCAGACACACACUCACACCUCCACAAGAUACUGUCUCUUCUAAACAAAUCCAGAAAUGUUUUAGAGAUUUGAAUGAGGUCUCGUGCAUGUUGGACAUUCGCAAGCUUACACGCCAUCUAUCCGUCAAGGUCAGUCCAUCAGUGUUCCCAGUGUCCUGCUGUAAAAAAAAGCACUCUCUACUGAAAACCAACAUUCCACCAACAUUCCACGCGUCUGGAAGACUCCACUUGACCAAUGGAAGCAAGGGGAGCAGGAAAUAACCAUCAAAAAUAACCUUGAAGCCUAUGCACAUCCCUUGGCAUUUCAAACAACAUUUCUAAAACAACAGAUUUUUCCAAAUCGACCAUGGUAGCGAGAUCGAUGUGUUUGUUAAAAUAAAAUUGUCCUGAUUUGUUGUAUAAGAAAAUUAAGAGGAGGGGGUCAAAUUACAACUGAUUCCUGUUUUGCCAUUUCAGAAAUGUGUUGUCUGAGAGUACUAAUGUUUUAAUUCAGUUUAAUCAACGAUAGAUUAACCCUGAUUUGUAUUCUGGAUCAAAAAGGAUGUGUACACACUGCAUUUUGCAAGGUGAAGGCUUUGCAAAGGAACAGUAGGCAGUUUGUGUAUAUGAAUAACUCUGUAUAUGAAAUAUGACUGAUGAUUAUAUAUGUAUGACUGCCCCAGUGUAAAAUAAUCUACAAUGAUAAAGUUCUUCAAUAUGAUUUAAAAAUAUAUAUAUUUCCUUUUGUGUUGAAAAUGUAACCUG